AUGCCCGGCUCGCUGUUCGCGGACCUGGGGCGCCCCGGCGCGGGGGGCGGCGGGGGCGCCGGCGCGGCCGAGAGCCUGGACGACCAGCGGGCCCUGCAGCUCGCGCUGGACCAGCUCUCGCUGCUCGGGCUGGACGGCGACGACGGCGAGCCGCGCCGGCGCGGCGUGAACAUGACCGAGUGCGUCCCGGUGCCCAGCUCCGAGCACGUCGCCGAGAUCGUGGGGCGCCAAGGCUGCAAAAUCAAAGCGCUGCGCGCGAAGACCAACACGUACAUCAAGACCCCGGUGCGCGGGGAGGAGCCGGUCUUCGUGGUGACGGGCAGGAAGGAGGACGUGGCCAUGGCCCGCCGCGAGAUCAUCUCGGCCGCCGAGCACUUCUCCAUGAUCCGCGCCUCGCGCAACAAGAGCGCGGCGCUCAGCGGCGCGGCGCCGGGGCCGCCCAGCCUGCCCGGCCAGACCACCAUCCAGGUGCGCGUGCCCUACCGCGUGGUGGGGCUGGUGGUGGGGCCCAAGGGCGCCACGAUCAAGCGCAUCCAGCAGCAGACGCACACCUACAUCGUGACGCCCAGCCGCGACAAGGAGCCGGUGUUCGAGGUGACCGGCAUGCCCGAGAACGUGGACCGCGCGCGCGAGGAGAUCGAGGCGCACAUCGCGCUGCGCACCGGCGGCCUCGUGGAGCUCACGGACGACAACGACUUCCACGCCAACGGCACCGACGUGGGCUUCGACCUGCACGGCGGCGCGGGCGCGGCGGGCGCGGGCGGCCUGUGGGGCAAGCCCGCGCCCGGGGUCCCGCCCGCGCCCGGCCGCAAGCCCUUCGCCGGCGCCCGCCACGACGGCGCCGGCUCCCUGGGCGGCGCCUCCACGGACUCGUACUUCGGCGGCGGCGCGGGCGGCAGCGCGGCCGCCCCCCGCCUGGCGGACUACAGCCCCCCCAGCCCCGCGCUCGGCUUCGCGCCCGGCGGCGGCGGCGCCAACGGGUACAGCUACGAGCCCGCCGCGCCCGCCCCCGACGGCGGCGCCGAGCCGGCCCCCGCCUUCGACCCCGCGCCCGCGCCCCCCCCCGCGCCCGCCGCGCCGCUGCUCUGGGCCCAGUUCGAGCGCCCCCCGGGCGGCGGGCCCGCCGCGCCCGCGUCCUCCUGCUCGUCCUCCGCGUCCUCGUCCGCCUCGUCCUCCUCGGUGGUCUUCCCCGGGGGCGGCGCCGGCGCGCCCCCCGCCGCCAGCCUGGGGCUCCUGGCGCACCGCCGGCCGCACCCGGGCGCCGGCUGCCCGCGCCUGUCCCCGCCGCUGCGCGCGGCCCCGGGCGCCGGCGAGCACCACCUGGCGCGCCGCGUGCGCAGCGACCCGGGCGGCGGCGGCCUGGCCUACGCCGCCUACGCCAACGGGCUGGGCGCGCCGCUGCCCGGCCUGCCGCCGUCGGACACCUCGGGCUCCUCGUCCUCGUCCAGCUCCUCGUCCUCGUCGUCGUCCUCGUCCUCCGGCUUGAGGCGCAAGGGCAGCCGCGACUGCUCCGUGUGCUUCGAGAGCGAGGUGAUCGCCGCGCUGGUGCCCUGCGGCCACAACCUCUUCUGCAUGGAGUGCGCCAGCCGCAUCUGCGAGAAGAGCGAGCCCGAGUGCCCCGCGUGCCACGCGGCCGUCACCCAGGCCAUCCGCAUCUUCUCGUGAGGGCCCCGCCCGCCCCGAGGCGGGGGCCGGGCUCUGGGUCUCCCUCGCGCUUGACAUUCAGUGUUUGAACAAAGGACCGCGCAGCCGCCUGCGCCCGGCAGCCCCAGCCGCGCGCCCACGCGCACCGCCAGAGCGCACGGCCAGAGGGCACCGCCAGAGCGCACGGCCAGAGGGCACCGCCAGAGCGCACGGCCAGAGGGCACCGCCAGAGCGCACGGCCAGAGGGCACCGCCAGAGCGCACAACCAGAGGGCACCGCCAGAGCGCAUGGCCAGAGGGCACCGCCAAAGCGCACCGCCAGAGCGCAAGGCCUGAGCGCACGGCCAGGGCCGCCCCGCGGAGGCGCCCAAAGGAAGAGCACCCGCCGGCUGUCCCUUUCCUAACAGGGGGAAAGAUGAACGGUGAUGACGAAGGCGACCCGGCAGUGCGGCGGGGCUCCCCGGGCUCCCCACACUCAGACCCCGUCCCCGAGCCCGUGGAAGGCCAGGAGUCCCGGAGGCCAGGCUGCUGCAGCUUUAUUAAAGUGAAAGAAACUGUAACAUAUCUCUUAUAUAUUAAAAACAUUUAAAAGUUUUAAAGAGAAAUUGCAUUAAUACAGAUCGAAGUAUUUUAUUCUUUUUUGACUUGAAAAAUUAUAUUUCAUAUUGCAAAGAUGUUUACAAGUAUUUUAAUUUAAGUUCAGUGAACUUUUUUGUAGCUGGGUUAAAUCUUUUUAUUUUAGUAUGGCCUUAGGGCAAAGAACACUGUAUUAUUUUAAUAAUCACACAAUUGUGGCGGAACUACAAACCAUACGACGUGUCAUGUUUUGAACAGUAUUCGGUUGGGAUGGAGAUUUUGUAGGUCCAGACAAAUCUCGAUCUGCUCCACCCAGCGUAUUUUCUAUUCAGUGAUACAAAGCCUAUUUUAUUCUAUAUUAUUACAAAAAAAAAAAAAAGAAAAACCCGGAAAUGUAUAAACAUGUCAAAAGGGACUGUGGAUGCUUUCUAACAUUUGUAUAAAUAGGAUUCAGUGCAAGUUACGAAGAUUCUGUUGCUCCACUAUAGUUUUAGUAUUUCUAUUUUAAUACAUUGUUUACCACUCGUUUAUGUAAAUGUAGGUGAACGUUACUUGAGCUUAAAUGUACUUUACUGAGCAAAGUUUAAAAAACAAAGUAUAUUUUAUUUUAUGAUAAAGGGCCUUUAACCUCAUGGUCAAAUACUAAUAUUAUAUUUGCUGAGACAAGAUUUGAAAUUGUAUCAAGAGUUUUAUUUUUCUGACAUUUAAAGUUCUACAUAAUAAAGGUAAAACUUAAGUAAUGGUGCUACUUCAUUUUUUAAGUAUUUCUAUAUAAAUAAAAUAUUGAA